CCGGCACGCGUCAUUAGUGCCACUUACGUCCUGAGGCGGGAGACAGUGGCACGGGUGAAAACAGUGGCUGGCAGCGGCCUAUUACAAGCAAGAGAAAGAGAAGGAGGGAGCAUAAGUGAGAGGAAGAGAAAGAAAAGAAAAGGAAAGAAAAGAAAAACGGUGAAAGAGUUUUAGAAAAUGUUAUAACGUGGAAAGAGGGAAAGGAAAAAUAGCCACACACACAUAUGAACGAAAAGACGAGACAAUAUUGAUUAUAUAUAACUGCAGAUGUACAAGUAACAAAUUAGACGACCAUGGGAGUUCUUAACUUGAAAGACACUGCCAUGGUAAUGGUAUUGAUACAUGCUACCAUUCCCUGGGUUUAUGGGUUAACACCUCAAGACUGCCUUGUGUAUGAUUCCGAGAGCGACGCCCCCGAGCCGAAGAUCCUGCACAGGCAGAUCACCAUGGGCGUGAGUGGCACAGGGAGCCUCUGGAAUGCCAAGCUCUCGCUGACGUCGCAGCUGACAGAGGGCAGCUGCGACCUCCUCUUCGUGUCUGACACCGUGGCGGCCUCGUGCACGGAUGGGAACGGAACCAGCACGUCGUCGACCGUAGUCAAGUGGCCCCCUGGUCUCUUCGUGCCUGGGAGCUUUACCGAGUUGUGGUUGCGCCUGGGAGAUCCCUCGUCGUCGCCGUCAUCUUCUUCUUCUUCGACUUCAUCUUCAUCUUCCUCUUCUCUCUCGCCUUCGUCGUCACCUUCCGUCCCUCCCGAAGGAAGCCACAGCGAAGAACUCUACCUUCUGGGCAGACGAGGGAAUGGCAGAGGCUUCCUGCUGGUGCCUUCCACUAGACUGAAGCCUCCUCUAAGCCUUACGUGGGGGAGCCAGUCCAUUAAGUACUAUUACAACUGUGUUACGGGAUGCCUGAAGGAAACCCAAGUGACCACGCCCCAAGGACUCCACACCGUGUUUCUCCUGAAGGACCAGAAUUUCCAAAACCUUUCCUUCUCCUACUCACCCAAGACACUCAGGCCUAAGCUCUCCUUCACCCCCGUGUCCCUCUCGAUCUCCCUAACCCAGCAGGAUCUGAAGGAAGUGCCUGAGGGAUCCUGGGGGAACAUCACGGUCGUUUGGAAUACUCUGGAGGAUACGUUAGGGGCCCUAGUGAACGGCAAGCCAGCGGGAUCCCUUGAUUCCUACAACACGCUGAACAAAAUGGCUGUUAUCGAAGGGGAGGUCGAGGGCGGCGGAUUCUUGACCUUGUGUGACCCUCGGUUUCAGCUGCUUCAGGAUGCCUUGGCGAGUGAGGGGGGCGUGGUCGAGGUUCCGGAUGACGUGACCAGUGACGUCAGCCCUUCUACCGCCUCCUCUCUGACGUCUGACCCUGACUCCUUCGGCGUCUCCUCCGUCGCUCAGACCAACCAAGCCCUCAUGGUCGUGUGCAUCCUCCUCUCGAUCGUCCUUCUGAUCCUCAUCGCCGUCUCCUACUCCCGCACCUCCGCCAAGCUCCGCAAGCUGGGGGUCAACUCCAACGGCGAGGUCAAAGGUCCCAGCAUCGUCAGGAGGUCCUCCUCGACAUACUCGAAGGUCCGGUGCAGCGUCAAGUCCCUGAAGAAGGCCAGCGACGACGCGAAGGACAGCAGCGUCGACCAGGACGAGUGUAGAAGCCUGUCGGAUGCAACCGUGGCGAUGACUGACGUCACGAGCACGCCCCUGGCCACGCCCAACGCCUCGUCCCCCUUCGCGGCGCCGCGGGGGAGCAAGGUGGUGUCGACCAGCGAGUUCAUCGACAUCGACAUCGGAACGUGACGGAGAGGCUGCGGAAGGGACGACGGCAGGGUGUCCACUGCCGGAUGGUAAACGCAAAGCCAGGUCGAAGAAAGAUACUUUAGAAAUGUAUUUAUCUGUAAAGCCACCAGCAAGAACGGCGUCGCCUCGCUAGACCGAGACCGGAGAAUUCAAGCCCUUCUCACCCUGGGGAUUGGCCUCCUGAAACCAGUAGGGAAGGGGGGGCAGAAGGGGGAGGGGGCUGAGGGGUUCUGCUGUCGCUGGGUGUGCGCAUUUGAAGAGGCCAAAUGAGGCCUCUGCAAAGCUCAUCGCUCUGAACUGACUUAAAGGGAGUGGCUCCAUGUGUAUUUGUGUUGUUGAAUAUACAUAUAUAUAUGUAUAUAUAUGUACACACAAACACACACACACAUAUAUGUAUAUGUGUGUGUGUGUGUGUGUGUAUGUGUGUGUGUGUGUGAGUAUGUGUGUAUGUCUGUAUGUAUAUAUUUAUGUAUACAUUUGUGUGUGUGUGUGCGCACACAUACACACACAUAUAUAUACAGGUGUUUCCUAUCUUCUUAAUAUACAUGUAAACCAGUAUAUGCAUAUAUACAGUGACUCUAUGUACAUUCUGUUUACCUAAUAUCAUACACUGUAAAGACCCAAAAUUCACCGUGUUAUCCAUCUUUUAUGAAAAAUAAUAUCUCUGUUUAAUGAUGAAACUGACCAUCAUUAGUUACGUCAUUUUCCUAGUCAAAAAUGCAUGAGGGUCGUUUCAUAAUUUGACGACCAAUUAAUGUACAGUCUUAAUUGGGAGGGACAGAAUUUUGGGUCGUUACUCCCACCAAAAAGUUAAAUGACACUGCUAUAAAAUCAAAUAAAUAUUCUUCUUUCCAUAUUUUUUUUUUUUUUUUUUUUUUUUUUUUUU